CGUGAUCGCGCGAGGAACGAACCCGAGGAAGAACCGCAACGCGAGCGGCGAGGAUCGUGAUUCGUGAUAUCGUGAGGCUUGACAUUACGGGGAGCCGAAGAAGCGUGGCGCGCACGCCUCGUACCCCGAGGGAAGCAGCUCGUAGGAGUCGCGUUUUACUCCGGGAAAAGAGGACGCCCGUCGUCAUCGUCGCCGUCGCCGUCGUCGUCCGUCCGAAUUGUGCAAAUCGCGGUGACAUGCACGCACGAUCGCUUGUGCGUCGCUGCUCGUAGGUGCUCCUCUCCUCCCCCGCGUUCAGUUCCUACGAUGUGUACCACGUAUCCGCGCGACUCACCCGGGAGAUUCAGCUGCGGAAGAGUGUAUUCGAGAUUACUCUACGGCAGACCAGGCAUAGAACCGCAGGGAUUUUCGUUUCUUGUUCGGUGUCGAGACAAGGUUGGCGGAUCUAUAUGGGGCAAUGCGUGUCUCGUAAGGCGGGCGCCGUCGUCGCAGCAUCCGGUCAUCACAAUUCGCCCUCGUACCGUAUCAUGGACAAGGCCCCGAAACAGGGCUCCUCGAGGCGCGGUACGUCACACACGCGCGGCACCGCAAUGUCCUUCGGGUUCCGGCGACGACCGGCCAGCGGGAUCCCGAUGCCGAUAGCGAACUAUGGCGUCGGCAACACGAUCAGCGAAAAAAAUCUGCUGCAUCCACGAUCCAAGUCGGCUGGUCCGGAACAGGAUCGCAGGCGAAUGAUGGACGAUGAUAACAACGUGAUCCACAAUUCGUCGUCUGGCCGGUCGACGCCUCGACUGGCGCCACCGAAGAAAGACUCGAGCGGAAUCGGGGUUAGGACGAACCGCUUCGGUUACCGGCAGCCGCAAGCGAGAUUCACAAACAAGGUCGGCGACAUCUGCAGCAGCCACAACAUCAGUCACUACAAUCAGGAGAAGCUACAGCAAUAUCCGCAACAGCAGCAGCAACAGCAACAGCAAAUGGAGAACUAUUUUGUCAAGCAGCAACAGCAAUAUCCGCAGCAACAGCCGAACAGGGUCGUUGCGCACGUGCCGCAACACUUGUGCGGCACGACACCGCCAGCGAAGCCUCGCCUGUUGCAAUCGAAUAACGCGGCUUACGGAGGCAAUCCAACGGUCCAACACUCAGACGCGAACAGGCGAGUUUCAAGCAUUCCAGAGCCCGUCACUAGGUACACGCUGCACACCAGUCAUCUACCGUUGCCGCAAUACGCCGUGCGGGUGAACGAUUCUAACCCUAAGAUCGCCAAGACUGCAGCGAAUCAGAGCAGAAAGAUAUCUACGUCGACGUCGAAGGGCUCGUCCAGUUCCAAGGAAGGUUCGGUAACCGAGGAUUCGGGUGUCAGUAGCCAGCCGACUGGACCGGAGGACAACGAUAGGUUCAGAUCGAUGGAUUACAUGGAUGACGGUUCUAUGAGAAGACGUGGUAUCGGUAGACCGAGAAAUCUGCGCAUGGUAGUGACCGGCAAGAGUUUCGACGUGAGAGACGUCCGUGACGACGACAGCACGGUGACGGAGAUCUCAGUGAUUCCGUUGCCAAAAUCUUUCGCGACCGCUGCGACUAAUUUGAACACCGGAUUCGUGCGAGAACGGGCCACGCAAUAUCAGCGAAUCGUCAACAAGGAUAACAGGUACACCGACUCAACUGCGUCGAUGUCCACCACGUCCUCGGAGGGCUACGACGAGGGUUGUCUUAGCGAGGAGAAGGUCUACAAGGAUCGAUCGCGCACGGAGAAAGUCCCGUCCAUGAAAUCAGAUUUUAGUCCACUCAGCUCGGACGAUGCCGAGUACGGUCACGGCGAAGCUAUGGCGGACGAGUACUCGUUGAGCUCCAGCGACGAGUACCAGCGUUCCAUCGUCGCUCAGCACGCGCAGGCGAUCAAUGCCGCUGUGAAAAACGGCACAACAUCAAAGAAUGCUCUGCGCUCAGUGUUGCUCACCAUCGAGGAUCCGGCAUUCGCCGCCGCCGCCGCUACUACGACUACAUUGAUAGAUGACGAGACUUCACCGGUCGAUAGCCUAUUCGACAGUCCCACCGCCAGCAUCACUCAGUCGGAUGGAAAGCCCUCUAAGAGGGACGAGGAACACGCGCACGAGCGUUCAGACAACACCCUCGAGGACGACGGUCCGGGCACGCCGACGAACGCCUCCAAUUCGCUCAGCUUGUCCGAAGGUAGAGAGUUCUUCGACGAUGAGAUCGCGGAUCAGCCCGGACUGAUGUUUGAUGACAAUAAUCCGAGGGCGAAAAUCGAAACGCAGUCCGCUAUGAGUGGUCAAAUAAUUACCGAGAAUAGCCACACUCUGAUUGAGACGAAUUCUAAGACAAACAGUGCACACAUUAAAGGCGUAGUUAACAGUCCUCGUCAUGGACAGCGUUUGCAUCGAACGGGAAGCGUAGACACUCUAUCGCCCUGCGAGUCCAUCGCCUCGGAUGAUUUAAUGUUAGAUUACGACGGCAGCGAUGCCAGCUCCUACGAGGAACAACAGCGAUUAAAUUCUAAUCCCGCAUUGCACGAGCUGGAUGACGCAACUAUAAUUUCCGAGCUGGAAGCUCAGGGCGAGGAGGUGAUGAGGCAGUGGAGUUCGUUACUAAACACCGCGCAUAUGGAGGAUGCAAAUUCCAAUUCCGCCAACAACAAUUCCGUCAACAGCGCGACGGGUAACAAUAACAAUCAAGCCGCCACCGAAACUGGAAUCGGAAGUGACAGGAUGUCAAGGCUGCUACGUAGCAGAUCGGGAACGGAAUCGCCGCGUUCGUUAGACAACACGCGCAACCGUCAAGUUUCUAGUCCUAUGAGAACGUCGGGAAGCGUGUCAUCCUCGUGCGUCGAUUCCGGAGACGAGGCCAGCCUCAGGAUAGACCGCGGCACGUACCAGUACAUGUUCCAGGACAUCGUCUCCAUAAAGACGAUGCUCCUGAAGCUCAAGCGGGUCCUUCAGGAGACGGAAACUCUCAACCCAUUCGAUAAUCCGAAGAAUGGCCUCUUCUGCAACCUGAACGAGGGUGGAGGUAACACAAUCGACGUGAGCACAUCACCGGGCAGUGGCGGUAGUAGUAUCGCAGACGAAUUGGCGGAUCUGAGAAGACAGGUGGUGUUCCUUCAGGGCCAGGUGGAGGACCGAGAUCGUACCAUACAAGUGCGUGAUCGCACCAUCGAAGUACUUGAGGUAAAUAACGAGCUCCAGAUAUCGAAGCUCCAAGGUCCUAAGAACGGCGACGCUCAAAGCUGUACCUUGCCGACGCGCAACAACAACGUCUCCUCCUCGGACACCUGUAACGCCGCUACGCAAACGGAGAAGACACGUCCAGUGUCGGCGGGUCCCUCGCUUCUACAGUCACUCCCACAGGAUGGUGUCAUGGGGCCUCUCGUUAGCCGUGUGCGUUGGAGUGACUCGUCGGAUCGUCAGCGACCAUCACUACUCUCCGAACUUAACUCUACCGGGAACCAUCGCAAGCCAAUCGAACGUUUACCUCAUACGCUAAGACUCCGUCAGGAACAUACUCCGACACGUCGUGUCAACGCGCACACGAGGAGACACUCGUCGGAAUGCGUAUCCGGCUCGCUCGCCAAGCCGAAGGACUGUGCGAAAUCACCGUGCGAUUUGAAAGACGCGGAGCAACAUGACGCCAAGAUAGAAGGAAACACGAUCAAGUCCCUCAUUCCGACACCGAGAAAACUACGACUUUAACGACCGGUUAUAUUAAUUUUUUUUGCAUAGCAACAUUAACGUUCUAGACGUCCGCAUCUUUGAAGUACAGAAAACUUUUAUAACAAAUUAUUUAUUUCAUAGGAAAUGUUUACGAUUUUUCACUCAUUGUCAGUAAAACGCCUAAAUUGGAAAUGGGGCAAGUUGCAAUAGUUAUAAUACGCCAGCUAAAAAGAAUUUAAUAUAUACAAUUAUUAUCCAAUCACGUUUUUACCAAACGAUCUUCGAUCGAUACGGACGUCCAAGAUAUUAUAAAACGAUUUCUCGUUCUGCCUGUCCAUACUCGUAAUUAAUUCUUAUCGCGGCAUGAUAUUUCACGCAUUAACGGUGUAACGGCACCAUUUAUACGCUCGUCUGAUAUAAAUCGUCAUCGUAUUUAACGUUGUGCAGCGAACGUACGAAAUUAUCUAUUCCUGAGCGGAUAUUUUGAGCGGCAUAUAAUUUGCGCCCGCGUGUGUAACGGGAACGGAUUUAAACUUAUUUGUUAAUAUUAAUGAUAAAUUUUAUUUCUUCACUUAAAUGUGAUCUCAAGUGCAAAAUUAUAGGAAUUAGCGAAUUAUGUACAUCACUUAAUCGCGAUCGCGCUCUAUCUGUCUAUCCGGCGAUCGAUUUGGGACCUGUCCUUCGUACAUGCGUGUGGAAUCUUCCUCCGCACGAUUUUAUUUUGAGAGCUAGAAACAAAAGUUCUACAUAUGUGUUUAAUUCGACUGGAACCUUAAUUGCAAAUAUUUAUCAAGUGUGAGUAACUUUUGUAAUAUAUAUAAUUUAUUGUAAAUAUAAAUCCACGAAAUUAUUUUUAAGCGUAAUGUACAAUUAGAAUUGAGAAAAAAAUUAAUCUGAUGUUUCAAAAAAAUGAAAUUCGGACUCCUUCGCAGGAUAUUUCUUUUGGACGCAAACGUACGUAACGUCCCAGAAUUUAUAUUUCUUUAUGUAUAUAAAAUUUGUUUUCUCGAUUAAAAAGAAGAAAUUUUUUAAAUAUAUAUUACUGUGCAUUUAUCGAGCAAAUUCUCACUUUACAGCUAGCUCGCUGUAAUCUGACAAAAAUUAGACAUAAUAAUUAUUGUUAAUAAUGUCACAAAAAGUUCAUGUUGUGAUUGGUUUGUUUUCAAAGAUAUUCACUUUCAUCAAGUACGUUUGGAUUAUUUUGUGAGAAUUACAUGGACGAGCUUCAGUUCUCGUGAAUAUGUCUUGCGACAAAGGGAGAUACGGAUUACGUAAGUCGCAAUUAAAGGCAGGGUACUAUGUAAAUUCCAUACAUCGUUUUAAUUUAUUGUGUGCUUAGUACGCGUGUUUGGUGCUAAUAAGUUCGUAUUUGAUAAGUAAUCUCGUAUAUGAUAUUUAGAUUCUCCUGUCUUUCGUGUAAUUAUACCGUUUGACGAUGCCAUUGCUCAGAUGUAUUUGCGAAUGCAAAAUAACAAUCUUUUACCCGUAUUAGUGUACAUACAUAAAAUAAUCUAAUAUAUUUCCUGUAAAAAUAUAUGUGCGUAUCAGUGCAUAUAUCUUAUAUACGUUAAAUAUAUAUUUUACAUACACUUACAUGUAUAUAUAAUAUACAAAUAUAUAAAAUUAUCGUACACGACCUUUAUUCAUAAUACAUCUUGCCAAUAGAGUCUUUCAAAAAUAUCAGAACAAUGUGCAAAAAUCCGAUUUUAAAUUUAAUUGAAUUUAUUUCAAAUGACACUUUAAAAUUCUAACAUCUGCAUUUGUGUAAAUUUAUCUCUUUUUCUAAGAUAAAUGAAAAUUAGUGUACAGUUUGAAUAAUAUCCAGAGAAUAAUGUCGGAUGUCAAGAGAAACUAAAUAUCAUAUAAUCAUUGUACAUUUAUUUGUUCAUAUUUUUAAUUUAUAUAAUAAUUAUUCGUGAAAAUAGAAGAAUGGAGGGAAAAUGAGAGUGAGAGUGAAGAAAAAAAAGAGAAAUAUAAAUAUAUAUGAAAUCUCAUUAAUUUUUUAAGAAGUAUAUAAUAAAAUAAAAUGUGGAGAUUAGGAAAAUCUUAGCUUUUCUGCAGCAUAUCUCCGCAAAUUGCGAUAAAGUAUUUGUAGAAAUGUACUGAGUAGUUCAAAUCCAUUUACUAUUAAUAAAGGAAUACAAAUUAAUAGAAAUCUGAUAUGAAAUAAGUUUAAUGGCAAUUUUAUUGAUAUUAUCGACGAACAAUGACCGACAUUGAUGUUAAUCAUCCGUCACGGUACUACAUCUACAGAAAGCGAGCCUGCAGCUAAUGCGAACAUUUUCAAAAGCUGCAAAGCCAAACGCUGUCGCAUCAUAUAAAAGUUAUGGCAAAUAAAGAGCAUAUGCAAUACAGU